CAGUAUGUUACAAGUGUCACAAAUAUCUUCCCUCUCUCUCUCCUCGCUGCCCUCAAUUCUGCCAUUGGAGCACAGAGGUUGCUCGUUACAGGCGCAGAGAAGAAGGAAAGGAGUUUGGGAAUCCGAUUACGAUGGGUGGUGCAGCUGCAAUCUUUGAUUUGACGUCCUCCCCCCUCGUUGUUGUCGACCGAUGGCAUCGAGAGCGCAGCAGUCAGCUGGGGGGAGGGAGAAGGGGGACUGCGCCCUUAUUCAUCCCGUCUGCGACCGUAGUACGGACGGCGGCGACGUCUUCCGCUGUCGAUGAUGCUGCUAGUGCUCGCAAGGGGGAGAAUGGCAGAACUCCGCCCUCUCCCAUCGAAACACGUCUUUCUCUCGUUGCUGCCCUCGCUUCCCAGGCUUUCUCUGCCUCUCAACGACGUUUGGCGGACCUGGCGGUGGAAACAUGGAGAUAUGCUUUCCCUCGCAGGAUGGCAGACGCCCGAAACCUUGAAGAGAUGCUUAUGUCCGUUCCCGAUCUUGAAACCGUGCCAUUUAAGGUCGUGUCCAGAAAAGAGCAGUAUGAGAUCAGGGAGGUUGAGGCGUACUAUGUAGCGGAAACAACAAUGACUGGGAAUAAAGGAUUUGACUUCACUGCCUCGUCUCAAGCUUUUAAUGUGCUGGCUGCAUAUCUGUUUGGUAAGAAUACUGUGUCUGAGAAGAUGGAGAUGACAACACCGGUUUAUGUUCAGAGGGGUACUCAAUCAGAUGGAGAAAAGAUGGACAUGACAACACCUGUGAUUACAAAGGAGUUGACGGGUCAGGAUGGAUGGAAGAUGUCGUUCGUCAUGCCCUCCAAAUAUGGAGGCAGGCUUCCAUUCCCAAAAGAUUCAUCUGUACAAAUAAAAGAAGUGCCAAGAAAGUUUGUUGCUGUGUCUGCUUUUUCAGGCUUUGUUACGGACGAAGAAGUUAAACGAAGGGAGAGACAAUUACGUACUGCUGUUAAAAAUGACAAAGAUUUCCAAUUUAAGGACAAUUCAGCGGUUGAAAUUGCACAGUUCAAUCCCCCAUUUACGCUACCAUUCAUGCGCCGAAAUGAAAUAGCUCUGGAGGUUGAACCCAAGAAUGUGUAGAACAUGUGGGCAGCUGCAGUUCCAGCAUCACAAUCCAUGUCAGCAAAGGAAGGCAAUGUUCUCAUGCUUAAAGACGAGUUGAAUUCCACAUGCAGCGGUAGUUAAUAUGGGCCAUGUAUGACUUUGAAUCUUUUCUUUUUUUGUAUGAAGGUGGAAAAAGUUUGUAUAGUCUCUGUUUCUCAUAAAAGAAUUAUCGGCUUCGUUUCUUGUUCACCGCUAGUGUAGGCUUGGGUUAUUCUAGUGUGUAAUAUAUAAGAUGCUCGAAUUUUUCUGCUCUAUGAGCAUUACAUUUUUGUGUUCUCAGAAAGGCAAAAUAUGUACAUAUCCUACUGAUCAAGAUAACCUUAAUUUCCUUUGUUUCUAAA